AUGUCUUUAUCCCAAAUUUAUUGCGACCCAGCUAAAGUUUCUAAAGAAGACAAAGACGCUCUUCUUGGAAGUCUCUCCCAGCUUGACUCAAAGCUUUUCGAUCAGGUCCAAGAGGCCAUUAACUUCUCAUCUAACGCCUCACAAUCUGAGGUAUCCCAACUUCCUUCUUCUAGUUUCUUUUCUUUGAGCAAGGAUGAUUCCAGCUACAUUAAUGAAACAAAGCAGCGUGAGCUUUCAAAGCUCGGGCUUGAUUUGAUCUCUAAAGGUCAAGUGGCGGUGUUAUUGAUGGCCGGCGGUCAAGGUUCCAGACUAGGAUCCUCUGAUCCAAAGGGCACAUAUGUCAUUGAUAUUCCAUCUAAAUCAUCUUUGUUUGAGCUCCAAGCUAAAAGGAUUCUCAAGUUACAGGAAUUAGCCAACGGCGUGAUUCAUUGGUAUGUGAUGGCGUCUGGUCCAACUAGAGAGAAAACUGAAGCAUUCUUCAAAGAAAAGAACUUCUUCGGUCUAAAACCAGAAAACGUCACUUUCUUCAAUCAAGGUACUUUACCUGCUUUCACUAAAGAUGGUAAGCAAAUAUACAGAAGUGCUAAGAAUACAUUGGUUGAAUCUCCAGAUGGUAAUGGUGGUUUGUACAAGGCUAUACACGAUAGCAACUUGCUUGAAGAUUUCAAGAAGAGAGGUAUCAUGCACAUUCAUAUGUAUGCCGUGGAUAACUGCUUAGCUAAGGUUGCUGAUCCUCUAUUUAUUGGGUUUGCUGUUGAGAACAACUUUGAUUUAGCUACUAAAGUAGUUAGAAAAAAUGAGCCAACUGAAUCUGUUGGCUUGAUUAUUAGUAAACAGGGGAAACCUUCUGUUAUUGAAUAUUCAGAAAUCUCUGAUGAGUUAGCCUGCAAAAAAGAUGAAAAUAACCAAGAAUUGUUGUAUCUCAGAGCGGCUAAUAUUGUGCAACACUAUUAUUCCGUUGACUUGCUCGAGAAAAUGGUUCCAGUUUGGAUUUCUUCCAGAGAGUAUUUGCCUUACCAUAUCGCCAAAAAGAAAAUUCCUCAUCUUACCCUUGAAGAUGAAUAUGUAAAGCCAACUGCUGUCAAUGGCAUUAAGUUGGAACAAUUCAUCUUUGAUAUCUUCCCAAGUAUUGAAUUAUCCAAGUUUGGGUCUCUUGAAGUCCAGAGAAAUGAAGAAUUCAGUCCAUUGAAAAAUGGUCCAGGUACCAAAUCUGACAAUCCUGAAACCAGUGCUAGCGCUUUGAAAACCUUGCACACAAGCUGGAUAUUGGCCAAUGGCGGUGAGAUUGAGAAGGAUGGUAAGGUAGAAAUUGAUGCAUUGCUAUCAUAUGGUGGAGAAGGUUUGGAAGGUGUCAAAGGGAAAGUGUUUAAGGAAGAUGAAUAUAUCACUUCUUUUUAG